UUCCAUUUUUGACCGUUACAAAAUUACUAGGCAAAAUGCCUUCGCGUUCUAUAAUCCUGAACCUGAGGAUAACCUAAUCUUCUUAGAUGUGCUGGGCGAGAUGGCCCAAGUGUGGUUCGAAUCCGACCUCCGCCACUCGAUUCCCCCGUCUAGGCUUGGGCAACUUGGCAGUAUCCCAGCCCUCGUGCUUCCUUCGGGUGGCAUGGAAGCUAGGCACCGGAAGGGUGCUACAGCUGAACGCUUAGAUGUGCUGGCAACUGACGCAAAUCGUAACCUGCUUUGGAAUUAUUUGAAGAAUGAACUGAAGCAAAUGAAAAGCUGGUACUUCUUAAUAAGAGAGCUACUUACCACCACCACCACCCCCAAAUCAUCGGUGAACGAAACUGCGGCAGCUGCAAUCACUGUACGACGAAUACGCGUAAGGAGGGGUGACGCUUUGGUACCUGUUUGCGGCAUGCUAAGAACUCAGAUAUUGUGGCGGUUGAUAGGGGGUAUGAAUGCGCAAGUAGGCAGACUUAUCGUUGAUGAGGCUCGCUUAGGUGGUCAUCUUGGACUGGAAGUGAGACGGUGGACAACGGCGAAUAUCUGUAGCAGUUAUGUGCUAACUACGUGCUGUUGGUGCGGAGUGCUAACCUUCGAAUCAACCAAAGCCGCUUGGUCGCAUGGUGCUUCACGCACUCGAGCCAACUUCCAAAACCGCACUCUCCAAAGGCGCGUACGAUGCGCACACCUCACCUGGACAUUGAGAAGUUCUCUGGUCGUCCUGCGAAAGAAACCUACUAAGUACACCCACACAAAGUAUACCUACUCCUGUCUAGGUAUGGGCACCCUGACAGUAUCCCAGCCAACGUACAACCAUGAACUGCGCACAUACAAGUA